AAGCGGCCAUGCGACGACCAUGCGACACGUUGUGGAAGCCAAAUCUUGUCUAUUAAACUGCAAUGGGUGACUUCCCGUUAGGAUUUCGGGAAGUCAUUCCUGACCAAACCUUGCCGGAGAAAUGGAAGGAAUUGACUCUGAAUACAGGGGGAACACAGAGCACAUUGCAAGACAUCAAAGUUCCAGAGAGAGCUGGUGGCUACUGCUAUAAGGAUUCGACAAAACAUUACACAAGAAACAGAUUUAUUUAUUGGCGGAUAUAUCAUGACGUCCUGGAGUUGGUUGAGCACAGCCUGGAUGUGAACUUGGUGGGGAACAACAUCCGCUACAAGUUCCAGGACACCCCAGUGCUAGAGGGAUUAACUAUUCAUGAGACAUACAACAGUAUCCUGGUGCUUGUAGCAACUGUGUCUAGUGUGCAUCGGCUGUCAUUUCCACACCCUGAUAAGAUUCAUAAGCAGGAGCAUAUGUUUGCCCAACAUCCAGACCUGAGCGUCUUGUCCAUUUUUGCUGAGGUCACUGUUAACUCCGCAAAAGAUCCCACAACAUUCCACGUUAUAAACAACACAGUGGCCAAUACACCUUUGCCUCACACAUCUGCAUCAUGGCUCUCUGUGAAUGAGGAAGCGCUGUUUGCUCUGGCUUAUAGCACUGGCCCCGUUCUACUCAUUAGGAUGGACCCAUUGUCUGGUAUGGUGAGAGCCAGUGAACUGAAGCAGGAAACUAUGGUACCACGUUUCUUGUCGGACAUAGCUGGUGCUCUCAGGGGCAGAGCAAGUGACAGUGACAUGGUGGUCAGUAUGGUGCUGCACUCUGUGGGCCUUGAGACAUAUUUAUUCUCCCUGAGUCGUGAUGGUAAUCUGCGUAUGUGGUCAUGCAGCCGUGCACAGUGCAUCAUGGUUUUAGACAUGCUGAACAGUAUAGCUGAUACAGGUCGGAACCUUACACAAGGUGCCCAGAGUCAUGUUCUGCGCAAGACUGUGAGCCAGCAUGACAACCAGCUUUACCUUGGAGUGUUCCUUUGUUUUGCUUCCGAAUCUGAAGUGUGCGUGCUGAAACCAGUGAGUGAACUUGGAGUCUUCAAGCUGAUACGCCAGUGCACAGUUUAUGCUCCAGAUCAAGACCUGGUAGACUUUGCCCUUGGCAGUGGGCAGUUGUGGGCUGUAUGGCGCACAGCACAAGGUGAUGCAGCAGUGUCUUGUGCCCGCCUGGAUAGCAGUUCCCCUGAGUGGCAACCUGCCAUACUGGAACAGCCUCCUGAAAGAGAUUUUGUAGUAACUGACUCUGGAACAGAUCCACGUCAGGCCUACAUAUCAUACAUCUUCCACCCUGGUCAGUUCCCUCUGACUGUCAUUGCCAAAGCUCUGGGUAUUUUCCGACGCUCCUCCCUGCUUUGUGAUGUGACAGUAUCAGUGGGUGUGCUGAAGGAGCGAGUAUGUAUGGCUGUAGAGGCAGAAAUCCAGAGUGAAGUACAGGAUUAUGAACUAACUGAUGAUGAGUAUUUGGAGGUUGCCAACCGCUGCUGGUUGCGAUUCUACUCUUGCUGCGUUCAGUAUCACCAGGCAGGGGCUCGACCUGUUGGCCUGGUUUUGUUGGAUCAGUCUGGAGUGGUUCUGGUCAAGAAGCAGCAGAUCUCACUUCUCAGGCCGAUGGACUCACUUGAACACUUACUAUUGGUGGGACCUGACCAAUGUGUUCCACAGCAGUUCAGUUCAACGCCAUUCCUGAGUGAAGAUGCCAACACUUGUGCCGACCUCCUCCGUGUCUUAUCCGUUCUUGUCAGUCUGGAGAACCAGCUGCCAGAUGAAGUUAAGACAACAUUUGAGCGGGAGUUGUACCAGCUGAAGAUUCCAGACCAGACAGUUGCUGAUAUUGCUAGGGAGCUCAUGUCUGGUGAUGACAUUGUGCUGAACCAGCAGUUCAUGUUAGCUCUACGCAAGAAGCUGGAGUAUGUGAAGGACAUUUAUCCUGCCAUGCUAAUGCUGAUUGAGGCUCUUACUUUGGAUGUUGGGCAGUCCAAGGAAAUGGUGUUAGAUGAUGUCACACCUGAGGCAUCGCGAUUGAUUCUGUCUGUAAGCCACCUCUACAGCAGUCAUCUUGGUGUCAGUACCAUUGCACAGUCCCUGCACCAGAUUGCAGUUGUACGGUUCUCCAUCUGCCGCAACCUGCUGCUAUUACAACAGCUGCUGCUGGAGUGUCACCAGAAGCUGUCAUAUUCAAUGGAUUCAGCUGGAGUGGACACCAUACGAUCCAUCCUUCUGCCUCGGGCAGUGGUUUUGACACAGGCAUAUUAUGUUGUGAUGUGGGUGAGCGAGACCCCAGCCACUGCCACCGUGGCAUCCAAUAUUCUGAACAGCAACCAGCGACGCAUGGCUAUACUGAAACUGAACGAGCCUCCAGGAGGAAGCAUGAUGACAUCACGACACUCCCAGCAGAGGACUCUUACACUCCUUGAGUUGUUUGUGCAGUCAUCAGGAUCGUUGCAUGCCCACUCACUGCUGCAGAUUGAUGAAGAAUUGAUGCCCGUAUGGCAUGCAUCCAUGCUUACCUACAUCACUCUCAUAGGUCAGUUGGUAUGGCCAGUUUGCCGCCACUUUGUGUUCCCAGAGUUCCUCCUGGCUUCGUGCCAGCAUCUGCUGAUACAAGAGUAUGUGCGUCUGCUGCAUGGGUGGUGUGAGUGGAACAAUUGCUCGCGCAAGUUCUUGCUUGGCUCCGCAUUACUUGACAUGGGUGAACCUUAUAAGGCCUAUGACCUGCUUGUUCAGGCUGCCAAAGGGAUCACCACAGAUGACUUCAUGGCCACUAAGCUAGUGCCAUCCACUGAUAACCUCAGUGAACAGCAACUUUUGGUGCUGUACUAUCUCAAGGUAAUCAAGAUGUUUGAGCAGCAGAGAUGCAGUGACUGUGUGGUCAACAUGGCAAGCACAGCCAUCAGCGUGGCUUUGCCAGAUGACCCAAACCUACCAACACUCCAUUCUAUAGUGUUCUGUCAUCACCUGAAACUGGGACAUCACCAGGAAGCAUACCACUCUCUCAUAGCCAAUCCUGACGCUGCUCGUCGUAAGGACUGCCUGCAACAGCUUGUAGUUACUCUGUUUGAGCGCCAACGGCUAGACACUCUUGCUGAUUUUCCAUACCAGGGGAUGUAUGAGGAUUUGGAACGUAUAGUGGAGUCUCGUGCAAGAUCUCUGGACCUCUUGUCUUCCAACUACUACAACUUCCUAUACUCAUUCCAUGUGAAGAAAGGAAACCUACGUAAGGCAGCAAGUGUAAUGUAUGAGCAAGGCAUGCGUCUUGGCCAGGAGACCGCCAGUGGACCUGACUCAUUGCAUCGACAAGCAAAGUGUUACCUUGCGUGCCUCAAUGCUCUGCGAUUGGUAGACCCCAAGUAUGCCUGGAUUGUAAAACCAGUGCCGCACACAGAGGCUGUUGAUGGGCUACUUGAAGUGAGUCCAAAGCGACUCUUGAAUGGUGAACAAGUAUUUGAACACAAGAUGAAGCGCCAAGUUCAGGUGUUAGAGCUGCCAGACAUACAGAAGGAGUUUGAACUGGUGAAUGCUCACUUGCGCCUGAUGAAGCACAGUCCAGACCUCUGUUCCAGCAUUGGAACUAGAUUCAGUGCUGCUGAGCUUGUGGCCAUCCUGACAAGUGUGGGCAUGUACCAGGUGGCUCUGAAGCUGUGCCACCUGUUCUCUCUUCCCCUACAAGGUGUGUUCGAAGGGCUCGCAGCGGCAUGUGUUAAGCUGAUGGCAGAAGGCACAGAUAAGGAGAGUAGCAGUGCCUGGGAUUGGCUUGUGGAGAAUGAAUUCUCAGAACUCGGUAUUGGUGAGGCUUCAGCAAUGUUAUUGGCAUGGCGACUUCUGGAGACUCUGCUGAACAAGUAUGAGAGCUCCAGACAGAGCACACUGCAUAAGGCUGUAGCAGCUCGACUCCUGGGGCUGGGUGCUUUCCUACCACACUGGCUAGUCGCGUCAUACAAACGACGGAACCCUGCAGAGCUACUGCGUAUGCUGCUGUCUGCUGGCAGGCUUGUGGAGGCAACGAACCUUGCAGAGGAAUAUGUCUGGGCUGUACUGGGACAUGGCAAGGAAUACUUUGGCCUGGAGAACUCCCUUCUGUCCACUGCAUCUCCCGCAUGGCUCCCAUUCCAGACCCUGGACCUUCUCUUGCUAGAACUGAAGGAGUUGAGUGAGAAGGACAGUGAAUAUAAACAGCUACAUGCAGAACUGAAAAACCUGGUGAACUACUACUUGCAAACGGCCACACGAGCAUCACAGGAUAAAAUGUUGCUGCUGACAACAGCGCACUCCAUGUGAAGUGAGUCCUGGCUGCCACAUUAGACAACAUUCUUUCAUUAUCAUUUCAUGGCCCUAGUCCAGAUAAUAUCACAUCAUCAGUCAGUACAUUUAAGAUUCCCACUGCUCUGAUUCCAGAUUUUGAACAGGAUAUUUUAUGAAGAACUUACUAGUGUAUGUCAAUUUGCAAAAAUUCUUUGAUAUGUAUACAAAGACCAGUGAACAUUUUAAGUUUAUAUGAAUAAGAGAUCUGUGUUCUAUGCAUAAAUUCUGACCAUCAGAUAGUUGUCACUCAUAACCUCAAAGUUUUACAAUGUAUCAGUGUGUGUAAUGGUUAAUAUAUGAAAACUUUUCGUACAGAAUUUGUUUCUUAAUUACUUUCAUAUUUUAAUUUCGCAUGCCUUGCUUGUGUGGUUCAUUAGUUAUGUGUAUCAGUUGAAGAGCCAAAUAUAAAUUUUGUGCUAAUGUCAUUUUA